CGGGAAGGAUGCGGCACGGUGGGGCUGCCUGUGAAGCCCUCGCCCCUUGGGGUCGGAUGUGGUGCAGUUAGGAGGCCACAGGCAAAGGCUGUCUGCUAAUUGCUGCCCGAAUGUAAAUGGGAAACGGAACGGCGUUCGUGCAUGGGGAAAUAAUGAGGCUUUUCUGUGAAAAGCUAGGCGCGGCCUCCCGGGGCAGGAGGUGAACGUCAGAAAGUGACAUGACUGGCUGCGAAGUCAGGAACCACACAGAGAUGUGUGAUGGAUGUAGGGGAUAGAACUGUAAGUGUCUUUAGCGGCCGUGGUGCAGGUCGAACGUGUGAAGAAGCACUUCAAGAAAGGACCACCUUUUUUUCUGUGCUUUGGAAAUGCUACACGUGUCAGGGGUUUUUUGAAUCAUACUGGUUUUGAAAUAUGCAGCAUUCAAACUUGAGGACUGUCUCCUGUCUUAUGCAGAGCAGAGAACCAGAGUCAUUUGACAUGUUUGUCAUCUUUGAUGUAAGAGCAGAGACUAUAAUGUGACUUUCAGAAAAAAAAAAACAAAGAGAAGGAGGGAGUUUGAAAUAAGCAGCAUCAGACAAGCAGGCUCCAGUUAACCAAAACAAUGUUUGCAGAUUUGGACUAUGAUAUUGAGGAAGAUAAGCUGGGCAUCCCCACUGUACCUGGAACAGUGACCCUGAAGAAGGACUCUCAGAACCUGAUUGGGAUCAGCAUUGGGGGAGGAGCACAGUACUGCCCCUGUCUCUACAUCGUCCAGGUGUUUGAUAACACUCCAGCAGCCUUGGAUGGCACCGUAGCAGCCGGCGAUGAAAUCACAGGAGUGAAUGGGAAGUCUGUCAAAGGGAAGACCAAGGUGGAGGUGGCCAAGAUGAUACAGAUGGUAAAGGGAGAAGUGACAAUACACUACAACAAGCUUCAGGCUGACCCAAAGCAGGGCAAGUCUCUGGAUAUUGUAUUGAAGAAGGUAAAGCAUCGACUGGUAGAGAACAUGAGCUCGGGGACAGCAGAUGCCCUGGGGUUAAGCCGAGCAAUACUUUGCAAUGAUGGGCUAGUGAAGAGAUUAGAGGAGCUGGAGAGGACUGCAGAGUUAUACAAAGGCUUGACAGAGCACACGAAGAGUCUUCUCAGGGCUUUCUUUGAGCUGUCUCAGACACAUAGAGCAUUUGGAGAUGUUUUCUCUGUCAUUGGUGUGAGGGAGCCACAACCAGCUGCCAGUGAAGCCUUUGUGAAAUUUGCUGAUGCCCAUCGCAACAUUGAGAAGUUUGGCAUUCACCUUCUGAAAACAAUUAAACCGAUGCUUACUGACUUGAAUACGUAUCUGAAUAAAGCCAUUCCUGACACAAGGCUGACUAUCAAAAAAUACCUGGAUGUCAAGUUUGAAUAUCUGUCCUAUUGCCUGAAAGUCAAAGAGAUGGAUGAUGAAGAGUACAGCUGCAUUGCUCUGGGUGAACCCCUCUACCGGGUCAGCACUGGGAACUACGAGUACCGCCUUAUCCUGCGGUGCCGUCAGGAGGCUCGCACGCGCUUUGCCAAGAUGAGGAAGGACGUGCUGGAGAAAAUAGAGCUCCUGGACCAGAAACACGUGCAGGACAUCGUGUUCCAGCUCCAGCGUUUUGUCUCUACGAUGUCCAAGUACUACGAUGACUGUUAUGCCGUGCUCCGAGAUGCAGAUGUCUUUCCCAUUGAGGUGGACCUUGCCCGCACAACUCUCAGCUAUGGGCAAAAGGACACAUACACAGAUGGGGCAGAAGAAGAAGGAGAAAGUGAGAGAGAGGGUAGUGGGAAGGAGGAUGCAAAUGGAGAAAAGCUCAUUGAUGAUGCCUGAGUGUGCCAGCACGGCCAGAGGAAAGACUUUGCAGACUGUUAUGAAAACAUGUAUUUCACAUGGCGAUUCA